AUGGCACCCUGCCAAAGUCCUCGCCGGCAGACCAAGAGCCGACCCCUAAAGCCAGUAGCAUACUGGGAUAACUUAUCAACUACCUGGCUGACCAAAGACGCUCUACGAGAGCUACAACGGAGGAUUGAAACUAAGAAGAUCCAGUCUCAUCCACCCACAGACCGGGGAUAUUCUGAAGGUGCGACCAGCCUCCUUCAGCAGUGUUCGCUGCGCUACAGAAGAAAUAUCCAGCGGCACUCGCGGCGUGGAGGACCAGACCUGUCCGACCUCCGAGGCUAUCCGCCACCCAGAGCUGGUCCAGCAACACCCACCAGCAGGCCAAGGAUCAAGGGUAGUAGGCAGAUGGGUCAGAAGCUGUCACCGUCACCGUCACCAUCAACACUACACGAUGACACCUCAACAACUCCUUACAGCCGGAACUUCGAACAACACCUAAUCGACCACCGGAUUUACCUUCCUCUAUACCCUGGCCAGAAUAUCGACGACGACAACGAGCCCACCAACAUCGCCGAAAUCCGAAGACGACUAGCAGCGCCCCGACGCUCCCUAGACCCAACAACCUUCUCCGAAGCCGAACACAGCCAGUUCAUAAGGGCACACUGGGCCGCUCAAAAUGAGGCAGACGUUAAGGCCUCCGUGUUCCCUUUCAUCGAGGGAUCCUCUACUUCUCGCCAACAAUCUGUCAGUCGCGAUACCCGCUUCACAAACCUCGCUCCCAUAACGGACGGCACCAUCGCUCAAGCAAAGCCUGAUAUCACCUACGGCGCACGUCCGGAGCAGCUCGAUCGUGAGAUUCGCACACAGCUCAACAGGCACAUCGUCCCCUUAACGAACGACAGCCUCCCAGUCGCACCCAACUUCUUCGUGGAGGUCAAAGGGCCAUACGGGGUGCCCCGCGUCGCGGACCGACAAGCUUGUUAUUACGGGGCGCUGGGGGCGAGAGGAAUGGAAUCUUUACGUUCUUAUCAACCUGGUCAUCGCCAGCAGCAGCAGCAGCAUAAUUCAGGGCCCGAGCCGCGAAAUAACGCCUACGCAGUCACCGCGACGUACGCCAGUGGCUCUUUGAAUUUAUAUACCUCGCAUCCAACAAUGCCAGUCGCUACAAGCCAAGAAGUGGAAACAAGUCAACGCCGACCGGAGUAUGUCAUGACACCGCUUCGCUCGUUCGCAGUUACCAGUGACGUGGAGAGCUUCUGCGCUGGGGCGGCUGCGUAUCGGAAUGCAAGGGACUGGGCAGGGGAGGUGAGAGAUGAAGCAAUUGCGCGGGCAAACGGGAGGCUUGCGGAGGCGAGGGUCAGCGGUGCGGGAUCCGGACUCCAUUCGGUGGCUGAAGAAGAGGAGGAAUGA